UAAGACAUGUCUGACGUUCGAGCUCCGGCAAACAAAACCAAAGCCGGAUUUAUUUAGAUAAUUUCUGCUUAAACUUUAUUAAACUAAUACAUGUAUGUUCCGUGGUAAUUUUUGUACUUAUCGAUGUAGCUGGGUUUCGAUAAUUUAGAAGUUAAUUGCGACUUUUUAGCUGGUUAGCUAGUUCUUGCUAGUUGGUACUAGCAUUGCACUGUGUUUUCGUUGGUGUACCUCUGGGUUUUUUGUGUCUGUUAAUCUAUUAACUACUACAGGGAAGUUUACAUCGUUUUUGAUAGUGAGUCAGACAUACCUGUGCAUUAAUAUGUUUUUCGGGUUGUGUGAUUUCCAUACAUGUAUAUAGUUGCCACUUGGUUUACCAUAGCUUGGUGUUAACUACAGAUCUGAUUUGGGAUUCUGAAAUUGCCCUGGUGUGCAGCACAUGUCACACUGUCUUCUGAUUACUGGUUGCAUUUACAACAUGCCACAUUAUAUAUAAGUCACAGUAUUUUGUGUGUCAGGUAUAGAGAUAAAUAUUAUUUUUUAGGAUAAAUUCAGUUAAACUAAUUGAGAGUUAGCUGUAGUAAGCUGCCCUACACACAAACGCUGUGACCCCAGAGGUGAGCUGCUGUUCACCCAAACGCCCUGACUCCACAGGAAGGCCCACAUCCAACCGAACACCGUGACCCCAGAGCUAAGCUGACAUGUACCCAAACACCCUGAUCGCAGAGUUAAGCUGUCAUCUACUCAGAUGUCCUAAUUCCAAAGGUAAAGCUCUUAUCCAACCAACUGCAUCCAACCAAGCGCCUUGACUCCAGCGUUAAGAUGACAUAAACCCAAACACUCUGAUAAAAGAGGUAUGUUUUCAUCCACUCAGGCUCCUUGAUCCCAGUGGUAAGCUGCCGUCUACCGAAACACCCUGAUCACAGAGGCAAAGCACUGUCCGCCCAAACACCCUGAUCCCAGAUGUAGGCUGCCAUCCACACAAACACAUUGUUCCCAGAAGCAAUCUGCCAUUCACCCAACCAUGCUGAUCCCAGAGGUAAACUACCUUCCAUCUAACCGCCUUGUUCUCUGGGGUAAGCUGACAUUUACCCAAAUACCCUGAUCCCAGAGGCAAGCUGCUGUCUACCCAAACACGCAGACCCCUCAGGUAAGCUCACAUCCACCCAAAUGCCCUAACCCCAGAGGUAGGCUGCCUGUGACCCAGCCCCCUGACCCCUGAGGUAACCUCGCUUCCACCUAAACACUCUGAUCUCAGAGGCAAGCUGACAUUUGCCCAAACACCCUGAUCACAGAAAUAAGCUGCCAUCCACCUAAACGACCUACCCCUAGAGGUAAGCUGACAUCCAUCUAACUGCCUUGAUCCUAGGCUGCCCCAGUACGUCUAGGUGAUGACAAUCCAUCCUACAGGGUUGACAUGAUGUGCUUUCCUGAAGCACACAAAGGACACCUCGGGUUUUAUGAAUGUGUAUGACAGUGUUUUAGCCCGACCCUUGUGCAGAGGUCGGAAGUCUGCGGAUAUGUUCCUUUUUGAACUUUUUCUUUUUGUCUUAACUUUUUAUUGGCAUGCAUAUAAGUUUAGCUCUGCUCGGCUCAUUGGAUCGGAUUGGCGGACGUCGGGACCAUGGCGGCGGAAGGACUCUGCUCCAGCGGCGACGUCGGUGGACCUUCCCGGAUGGCAACGGCCGGCGGACCAUCGAGGAAGCCCUUCAGCGGGCCGUGGCUGGUAGCGGGCGGGGGCCUGCGGAAUACCGCCCGGUUCUGCUGGAGGGCUGAGGAGGAGGUGGGCACCUUCUCCGACCGGCUGGCCUUCAUCCGGGAGGUGGCCUUCAAAGCACUGGGCCUUCAGAUGCAGGACAUCCUCUGCGUACAGCGGAAUGGGCCCUUCCGCUUCUUCGAGGUCACCUUGUCCACCGACGAGAGUUACACCAAGGUCCUGGAGCGGAGCAAGGAGGGGGCCCAGCACUCCCUCCUCGGACGUUACAACAUCGAGCCGCUGUGGUGGCCCGACAAGCGGGUAAUUACCGUCCAUUGUUUCAACCCGCAUGUUACCGCCGAGGCCGUUUCCCAAUUUCUGACAAAGUAUGUGGACCUCCUUCCUGGCCACAGGGACAUCCGGGAUGAGCUGGGGAUCUGGACUGGCCGACGCCAGUUCCAGGCCCGCCUGCGCCCGGACGCUAAUGGGGCAGGCGGUUUUAGCCACCCCCCAGCCUAUUUUACUCUACAGGGAAAUAAGGCAUACCUUUUUUAUUCUGGACAGCCUCCCUUCUGCCGGCAGUGCCACAGCUUUGGACACACCCUGGAGGGAUGCGCCAACCUGCGCUGCCGCAACUGCCUGGAGUCGGGGCACAUGGCCAGGGACUGCAAGGGCCCCCGUCGCUGCAUUCACUGCAACGGCGAGGACCAUCUGGCUCGUUCCUGCCCACAGAAAAAGACUACAUAUGCCGACGCUCUGUCGGGUAACAGAGCAGUCGGCACGGAGAAUGGUGGGGAGCUCUAGCCCCCACGACUGGGCAGGAA